AAUAAACACAAUGAAACUGAACACAAACCUCACGCAAUUAUGCACAAUUUUAAUUGUUAUAAUAUCAAUUGCAAGAGUAUUUGCAUCUGAUGAAUCCUUUUCUUCAUCCCUACCUGGUUGCAAAAACACAUGUGGAAAUGUAAAAAUUCCAUAUCCAUUUGGAAUAUCAAAUUCAUCAAUACCAAAUCAAGGACCAUGUUCCCUAGAGCCCAAAUUUAAUCUCAAAUGUGUAAACGACACCAAAUUGAUUUUUGGCAAUUUAAAAGUUUCUAACAUAAACAUCCUUGAAGGACAACUAGAAUCGUUGUUUUUAGUCUCCAGUUAUUGUAAUAGCACAAACUACAUUCUAUCCGGUUUAAACAGUCCUGCUUUCACCAUAUCAAGCAAGAAAAACAAGUUCGUAACGGUUGGUUGUGACAGUUACGGUUAUCUCAACAGUGUAUACAACAAAGAAACAUAUUCAACCGGUUGCCUGACAAGAUGUAAUGGUAAUCGAAACAGAAUAGAAAACGGAACAUGUUCGGGUAUUGGUUGUUGUCAAGUUGAUAUUCCACCUAUGAUGAGGAAUAUAAGUAUAGAAGCUUCUGAUUUUCCUAAUUCCACGGAUUCUUUGGGGUGUAGUUAUUCAUUUGUUGUUAAAGAUGGGUUUUAUAAUUUUUCUAUUUCUCAUUUGGAUAAUUUUCCUUAUGAGAGGCUUCCUAUGAUUCUUGACUGGAGUGUUGGAAGUAAAUAUUGUAAUGCUUCAAAGAAUGAAGAUGAUUAUGCUUGCAAGAAAAAUAGUGAUUGUGAUGAUAAGGACAUUGAUUUUGGUUACCGAUGUAAAUGUAAGGAAGGUUAUGAAGGAAACCCGUAUCAUCCAGAUGGCUGCAUAGACAUCGAUGAAUGUAAGACUUCAAAUAACACAUGCAUAAAUGAAGAUCAUUGUCGCAAUACUGAUGGAUCUCAUGAAUGUUUCUGUCCUGAUGGACACUCUGGAAAUGGAACAUUGGAAGGAGGGUGUCAUAGACGAGAGGUCAUCACCAAGGUUGCCAUUGGGGCAAGUGCUGGACUCAUUGUCCUGUUUGUGACAAUUUCUUCUCUAUACUUGACAUUCCAAAAAAGGAAAUUCAUCAAACUAAAGCAAAAAUUCUUUCAACAAAAUGGUGGUUCCAUUUUGCUACAACAACUAUCUACAAGAGAAGACACCUCGCAAUCAGCUGAAAUAUUCACUGAAGAGGAACUUAAGAAAGCCACCAAAAACUACGAUGAAAACUUAAUCAUUGGCAGAGGAGGUUUUGGUACAGUUUUCAAAGGAGUUUUACCCGACAACAAAAUCGUUGCUGUAAAAAAAUCAAAAAUAAUAGAUGCAAAUCAAAUCGAGCAGUUUAUUAAUGAGGUAGUUGUCCUAUCCCAAAUAAAUCACAGAAAUGUUGUCAAACUCUUGGGAUGUUGUUUAGAGACAGAAGUUCCUUCCUUGGUUUAUGAAUUCGUUAGCAAUGGUACACUUUUUGAUUUCAUACAUAGUACUAAAGAUAAAACAAACAAUCCAACAUGGAAAACCCGUUUAAAGAUAGCAGCAGAGACAGCCGGAGCUUUAUCGUAUCUACAUUCAUCUGCAUCAAUACCGAUUAUCCAUAGAGAUGUCAAAAGUACCAACAUUCUCUUGGAUGACAAUUACACAGCGAAAGUUUCCGAUUUUGGAGCUUCGAGGUUAGUUCCACUUGAUCAAACCGAGAUAGCAACAAUGGUUCAAGGAACUCUUGGAUACCUAGAUCCAGAGUAUAUGCAAACUCAUCAAUUAACCGAGAAAAGUGAUGUCUAUAGCUUUGGAGUAGUGCUUGCGGAGCUUCUGACAGGAGAUAAACCUCUAUCUUUUAAUAGGCCAGAAGAGAGUAUUAGUCUUGCAAUGCACUUUUUGUCUUGUUUAAAACAAGAUAGAAUUUUUGAAGCUAUUCAAGUUGGUAUCUUAAAUGAUGAAAACAAGGAGGAGAUUAAAGAGGUUGCUAUUCUGGCAGCACGGUGUUUACGACUUCGAGGUGAGGAAAGACCUAGUAUGAAGGAAAUAGCUAUGGAGUUGGAUGGUAUAAGGUUAAUGGAGAAACAUCCUUGGAAUGAUACAGACCUAAAAUUUGAGGAGAGACAACACUUACUUAAAAAGGCAACUUCUAGUAUUUAUAGUGAAAUUGGUGAUAGCAUUGACCUUGGAUAUAGUGGGUAUGACAGCUUGAAAGAUCAAUCAUUGAUUAUCUUGGAUGAUGGAAGAUGAUUCUGAUAUCUCAAAAUAUGUAUACUUGUUAUAUUGAUUUUAGAAGGGUUGGUAAUUAGAUUUUGUACUAUGUAUGACUGAGCUAUACAUUUUGUCAUUUUGAUUUCAUUUAUUGACAACAUUCAUUAGAUGUAUGUAAUUUAG